CACCUUCCACCGCCGUCACCCCCUCCCCCAUCUAAGCGGCAGCGGCCACCGCCCCCCGAACCAUGGACACCAUGGCUAAUGCCUCUGGUAUUUGUCGCCGACAUAGCGAUAUUUAUUUAUACCAUGUACGUCAAUGAUUGUCCACAUUUAUCGGGAACCGAAAAAUGUAUCGGGCAUGAAUAUCUCGGAAGGUUCUCGUUUCAAAGUUUUAAAGAAAACCCUCUUCUCGGCCCUUCAUGCAUCACGUUGAAGAAACUAGGAGCCCUUGAUUGGAAACUAGUGGUAGAGGAGAAGGAAUAUUGGCGUCUCGUAUCAUGCAUGUGGUAUCAUGCAGGUGUCAUCCAUUUAGCUGUUAAUAUGUUAAGCCUUUUGUUCCUGGGAAUCCGACUGGAGCAAGAAUUUGGAUUCUUGCGAAUCGGUCCGUUGUACAUGGUUUCCGGCCUCGGUGGGAGCUUGGCAUCGGCUCUAUCCGAAGCUCGGAAAGAAACCAUUUCCGUCGGUGCAUCCGGUGCGCUUUUCGGACUCUUGGGAGCCAUGCUUUCCGAGCUUAUUACCAACUGGUCGAACUAUACACACAAGUGUUCAGCUCUGUUCACCAUGUUGUUGAUCAUUUUCCUGAACCUCGCCGUCGGAUUCCUACCUCAAGUCGAUAAUUCAGCUCAUUUAGGAGGGUUCGCGGCGGGACUACUCGCCGGAUUCGCCUUUCUAAUGCGACCACAGUUCGGAUACAUAAGUCCGAGGCAUGUUCCGGAGGGAUAUAAGAUAAAACAUAAAGUCCCAAAGCACAAGUGGUACCAAUAUGCAUUCUUCGGCAUUGCUUUAGUCCUGUUGAUUAUAGGAUUUGCAGUUGGCUUACAAAGGCUACUUGCAGGCGAAACUCUUUAAACCAAACCUUCAAUGGUGGAUUAGGAGACCACUAACUCCUCAUUCAAAGGAUAAUAAUCGAAAUCCUGUAAUCUAAGCUGUUGAUUCUUAUAGGAUUAUUAUAGAUAUAACUGUACCUUUUCGUGUGUGCAUUUUUAUACAAUCACGCACGAAUCUUCCAAUGUUAUUGUUUCAACAUUACUUUGAGGCUACUAUCUUCCCGAUCUAGCGACUCGU